UCCAGAUCCAAGACGAAUCGAAGUACUAGCUUACAAAUCAAGUCAUAAUUGGUGGAAUAUAUAUGACAACCCGUUUGUAAGAAUCAGGAACUGACCACUACACACCGAUCCAAGGCCAUCCCGCUUUUACAGCCUCAGUAUCCCCAAUAAAAAAGUCAUAACCUACUCCGUCACAGAAGUGAUCAGUCAUAUCAAAAGAGUAACCGAAGCCAUCCACUCCGUUCCAAUCGAUUCAACUCAACCCCUCCAAGCAUCUCCACAUUCCUUUCUCAAUGGAACAGCAAAUUCACCAGGCCGUGGAAAUAGCCCUUAGCGCCACCAGCAGUCAAGAGUUGAAAAAUCAAGCCAUCGAAUUCGUCAAUCAGAUCAAGUCCACCGAAGAAGGUUACAAAUCAUGUCUCGAUAUCUUGUCCAAGUCUCCGGCGCAACCGAUCAACGAAAGUCUCAAGUUCUUUAUUUACCAAGUCCUUGAUGAAAAUGUUGAUAAGUUGAAUGAACAACAACUCUUUGAUUUGAACACCAAAGUCUUUGAAGUAUUGAUGGCAUACUUAUCAAAUAAUGUGUCGGACCCUACAUACUUGAGAAACAAAUUUGCGUCCAUUUUUGGAAAAUUGUUCUGUUACGUAUACACUUCCAUCUACCCAGCUUUUUUCAAGGAUUUGUUCAAUCUUAUCAACCCUCCUACACAAUUGUCAAUUGAUUACUACACUAGAAUUGUUAUCGCCAUCCAUUAUGAAAUUGGUGACAAGUUCAUCUCCAGAACUAAGGAAAUUCAAGAGAGAAACAACUUACUCAAGGAUUCAAUCAGAGCCAAUGACAUGAAUGAACUAGUCUCUUCCUGGUUCAAAAUUUUACAGACCCCUACAAAUAGUGACGAAAUUUUAAACAACGCACUCAUCAUCAUUGGCCAAUUCAUUAACUGGAUGGAGAUCAGCUUGUUCGUAUCUGGGGAAUGUGUUUCAACAGUGCUUCAAUACUUAGACAAGCCAGAACAAAGAAAUGAGACUUGUUCCACAAUUAUUGAAAUUAUAUCCAAAAAGAUGAAGCCAGCUAAUAAAUUAGAGCUUCUUAACUUGUUCAACUUGACCAGCAUUAUUGGUAAUAUUAAUUUGCGAGAUGAGGAUGACAUCGAAUUUUUGGAGAAUGUGUCUAAAUUAUUAAAUCAAAUUGGAGGAGAAUUACUCAUCAUCUUAGAAACUGAUGCCACCUUGGUGAGUCAAGUUAACGAGCAAUUCUUCAAAUUAUGGCCCUUGAUCUUUGAAUUCUUAGGACACGAAUAUGAUGAUAUUUCCCAACAGGUUUUUCCCUUCAUUCAACAAUACCUUUUGUUAAGUAAAAAGGUUAAUGACCUAAACUCCCCAGAGUUAAUAUCUACCCUCUUAAACAAGAUCAUCUUAAAGAUGAAAUUUGAUGACGAUACUGACGGGUUGAAUGACGAAGAAAAUGAACAAUUUAAUGAAAUAAGAUCCAGAUUGAAAGUAUUCCAAGAGACAAUCUCAAACUUAAACCCAUCUUUAUAUGUGAAAGUAUUACCCAUGAUCAUUGAAGAGUCCUUGAGAUCCAUUAGUGAUGAGAAAAUGGACUGGAGAAAGUUGGAAUUGGGCUUAUUUGAAUUGAACAACUAUAGCGACAGUUUGAGAAAUGGAUUUUUGGGAAAAGCAGAAGUUGCUGAGCAAAACGAAUUGCUCCUGCAACUUUUGGUUAACUUGAUUAACUCAGAUUUUAUCGUUCAAGUGGAUCAUCCAAAAAUUCAAAUUGAUUUUUUCGAAAUCAUUGUGCGUAACAUUAGUUUACUUUUAAAACUGACCAAUUCAGGUCCUGGCCCCAACCCAGUUAUCAUCAAGUUAAUCAAUAUUUUCACCAGUCAAAUUGGAUUGUUAAAUCAAGUCGAAAAGGUGAGAUUAAGAAGUUGGUACUUAUUCUUCAGAUUCAUCAAAUUGACGAAGCCAACAUUAACAGAUGAAGCCUUUAUCGAGUCUAUCUUGAUAAAAUUACAACCUUUGUUGGUCAUCAAGGCAGAACUUCCAGUAAAGGAUGAAGACGACAACUUAAUUGAGGAAGAAAACUUCUCUAAUCAACUUUAUUUGUUUGAAAGCAUUGGAUUACUUAUCUCAUUGAUUCCAAAUGAUUUGUUGAACUCUAAGUUGAAGCUCAUAGAUUUAAUUUUCCAACCAUUGUUCAGCAAUUUGGAAGCUUGCAUCAAGAAUUCUGACCACCACAACCAGCCUUUAAUCACAUUGCAAGUCCAUCAUUCUUUGAUGGCUAUCGGUACUUUUGUUAGAGGUUUUGAAGAUUCCUCACAGAUCCAUGACGAAGUAAUCAAUAAAAUUAACAAUGCCUCUCAAGUUGUUGUUAUUUCACUUGAAAACUUUCCAAAGUCUGAAAUCAUCCGUGAAGCUGCCAGAUUUUCCUUCUCAAGAUUUAUUCCAGUAUUGAAAAAUAGAAUUGGUGUUCACUUGACUAAAUUAAUCACUUUAAUUUUGGCGGCUCCAAACUUAAAAUUGACUGAACUUUGCGACUUCUUGAGUUUCUUGGGUCAAAUUGUUCACAACUUUAAAUCUGAUGAUAACAUUUAUCAAUUGAUCAACAAUUUGAUCAGUCCAUUAUUCAACAAAGUUUUUGAUAUGUUGGCAUCCAAUGACGAUGAGUUGUUUCCCGAUUUAAAGAGAGAAAAGGUGCUAUUAAAGAAGGCUAUGAUGAACUUCUUAAGCUCCAUCAUCAUCAACCAUGUUACCAGUCUUUUAGUGACUGAAACCAACAAACAAAAGUUCCCUACCAUUCUAAGCUCAUUAUUCGAGUAUGCAUACGAUUUAUCAGAAACCUCGGUAUCUAAGUUGGCUAUCACUCAAUUGAUCAACAUUGUGACUAUUUUCGGCAACGGUGAUAAAAUCAAUGAUCCCAAUGAUAAAUAUAGCGAAAGUUUACCCCCACUCGAAGGAAUCAACGAGUUUUUGACCGAUAAAGUGACUCAAUUAUCAUUUGAAUUGCCAUUCAAGUAUCAAGAGUUUGAUUUGAAGGAUGCGCAAUAUAGGUUAAUCGCACAAGAGUUGGCCUUGUUGUUGAAGACAUAUCAACAGGUGGGUGGAGAUACUUAUUUGACCUUCCUUUCUAAUUACUUGGUCAACAUGGGGUUGUCCCAGGAAUUGAUGAAUGAUUUUGGGUCCAAUUUGGUGAAGAGUGAUUCCCGUGGUUUCAAAAAGUACUUUAUAGAAUUUGUCACCCAAUUGAAGGCCCGCUAAGCCGCAAAGCAAGACUAGGGUGUCGGAGUCCUGGCUCAGAUACUGUCAAGAUCAUUACCGGUAGUUUUACUACAAGCAUUAUAGAAUUUCAUACAUUGAGAUUUCCUGUAUUUAUAUACUAAUAUUAGCAUUGCAUUACUAUAAUGUAGGAUACUCC